AUGGAGUACUUGCAAGGUGAUCUGGAAGCACCAAUGCCAUGGAUAGGGCUUUACGUGGCAGCAGCUUCUGGCGUCUGCGCUCUGUCAAUGUCUGCCGACGCCUUCGCGGGCUUCCGAAGCAGAAGGUUUUGGUUCCCAUGUAAGUAUUUCUCUCUCAAUGCCUUCACCCUCACAGUAUUAGCUGUCGCAAUGAAGCUGCCGGUUGAUCUUACAAGUAUGACGAUCGGAUUUAAAGAUAACACCGCCCGUGUUAGCAGCCUUGUACUCAUGUCAAUCGCUAUAGCUAACUUCACGACCUCGUUCGGGUCGAUGAAGAACAACGACAUCGUACUAAACCUCGCUGCCUUAGGCAUUCUUGUUGUUACAGUCUCCACGAAUGUCUGCAUUCAUGUUAUCCAGAUCAAAGAUCCUGCCAUUGACAACGUUAAAUUGGGUGGAUUUUAUUUAGAGAUUGUGUCCACUGUGGUCAUGCUCCUUUUGCUUUUGAUGUUAUGCUUUUUGUCCGUGAUGAUUCCGUCCGCCAAAAGAAGCAUACAGUCGUCGUACCACGACAUGCGCGUAAAAAUAUCGAACGAGAAUAAUCGAUUGGUGGAGUGGGGGAAUUUUAACGUCGAUGAAGUCAGGGUAGCGGUGACGAGAUAUUGGGUGAUGGCGGAAAUGGGGAGCUCCCAAUUCGUCAUCGCGCGCUCCGUGGCAUGCGUUGCUUCGGGCUCAAUGUGUCUGUUCAUGGGCCUAACUCUGUUUUGGGUUCUGUUUAAAGAGCAGCACAAGUUGCUGCCGAUUAGUCAAGAUCGCAUUUAUUCGAAUUACAAGUGGUCCAUCAAUUGCAUUCUAGCUGUUCAGUUGGUUGGAGUGGCGUUGGGUUCUAUUGCACCCGCAACGAGAUGGUUCGUUGCUGCCCGAUUCAAGAGCUCCGAUAUAGGCCAUAGAAGUUUCAAGAAUGAAUUUAAGGUCGAGACUUAUUGGACUCAAAAGCUCGUCUACUGGCAAGAGCGCCCUCUACCUCUACUAAUUCGAUCCAACGUACUCAGGAAACUUGUCCACGAUGCCAAAAGAUUACUUCUAAAUGUCUGCAUUGGAGUUCAGAUUGUGAAUAUUCUGUUCAGCAAGCUAGUUCUUCUCGUUUCGGCUGCCUUUUUGAAAGGGUUUUUGUUUUGCUUCCAUCAAAUCAAGACUACUCGAAGGGCGUGGUGUUAUAAUUCCAAGGAAUCAAGAACCGAAACGGAGUUGGAUUAUAGCGGCUAUGUGCUGCUGCUCGAGGGAGAGUCGGGGCUGCCUCGGAAGACGCUGAAAAACAUAUGCAACGAGGCGGAUAAGUUGAUCCAGAGAGGUAGAAAGAAGCAACUGAAGAACCUCAAACAACUCGUAAUGAAAUCCGAAAACUUCAGUGGGGUGAGAGAAUUCGACAACAACGAAGUUCCACGUUUGAAAUAUUCUUCCCAAGAACCUCCAAACUGCUGGUCUCUGCCAGUUGUGACUUUGACAAGCGUCGCAGUUUCACUUUCCAAUAUCGCUGAUGAUCAUAAGCUUAAUCAGUUACUCAAUGCAGUGAGCGAAGGCCUUUACUUUGUAAAGCUCAUAGAGAAAUCGCUUGACAAAAACGGAGAUUUGACAAUCAUCCGGCAUGCAGCACAAGUGGUCUGGGUAGGGGUUGAAUUGUCCAAGAAAUGGCUGGAUAUCGAUCUCCAAAAUGCAAGUCUCGGAAGUGGGUCCCACGUGGAGGCGCUGCAAAACCUUUCAGGCGUCGCUGAAAAGAUUGUUACUGAUUUCACGACUAGAACCGUAUUAGAUCCUCUGAUGAAAAACCCUCUCAACUGGCCUGCUAAAGUUAUAUAG